GAGAGGUGGAGGGGGGAGGAAUAAGAGAGAGGAGGAAAGGAGAGAAGGCAGGAAGAAGGCAAGGGACGAUACCAGCAUGCUGUCCUGUCUGAGAACCAAACCGGUGGGAAAAAAUGCUGAGGACCAAAAGACUGAACAAGACAGAAUCAAACCAGAAGACAGAGCUCAGAGGGCCGCGACCAAGAUUCAGGCUCGCUUCCGUGGGUACAUAACAAGGAAAAGGCUCAGAGGAGAGAAGAAGGGCGAUGCCCAAGCUGCUGAGGCCAAAGCCGAGGAGAAGGAGGAGGGAGCCCUCGCUGCCGACGGGGUGGGGACGGAGGAGGCACAAGGCCCGGCUGCCCAAGCGGCCCCGGCCACUGGCCCCGAGGCCGAGGAGCCCGGCAAAGCAGGAGACCCCCCUUCCGAGGAGAAGCAAGCGGAGGGCGCCCCCGAAGGUGCCCCCGAGCAGGCAGCCACCCAGGUUCCUGCCCCCUCGGAGGAGAUGGCCGGCUCCGCUAAAGCGGAGUUGUCCACCCACAACUCGCCGUCCUCCAGGGCAGAAGUCGUGCCCGCUAAGGAGGAGCCACAACCAGCCGACGUGCCUGCUGCUGCGGCCACCACCCCUGCUGCAGAGGACACUGCCCUCGAGGCAACAGCCCAGCCUCCAACGGAGACGGCCGAGAGCAGCUAAGCUCCAGAGAAGAUAGAAACUGUAGAUGAACCAAACCUAAGGACAGUGGCCCGCAGGAUGAGGGUCACGAAGAACGGGAGGCUGACCAGGAACAUGCCUGAAUUCUAGGAAAUGGCUUUCCACGUCCCCACCCUCCCCUCUCCUGAGCCCUGUCUCUCCUGCCCUCUCUCAAAUCCACUCUGAAGUUUCCCUUCCUGUCCUGCUCACGUCUGUGAGUCUGUCCUCUCCCUCCCACUAGCCCUCUUUCUGUGUGGCAAACAUUUAAAAAAAAAAAAAAAAAAAAAGCAGGAAAGAUCCCAAGUGUGGCUUAAACAUUUUUUUGUUCCUUGGUGUUGUGAUGGCAAAUUUUUGGUUAUGAUGAUCCAAUCAUUUGGGGGGAAAUUCUUGCACUGUAUCCCAGUUUUUUGAUCUGGUACGUAUGGCCCUGUGGGAGUCCACUUACCUCUCUCUCUGUUCCAAGUGUGUGUGCAAUGUUCUGUUCAUCUGAGGAGUCCAAAAUAUUGAGUGAAUUCAAAACCAUUUUGGUUUUUCUCCUUUUCAAUGUGAUGGAAUGAACAAAAA